UAGGAGUUUUGAAGGAGAAAAAAGUUCGAAGCAAAGAGAGAACACAAAGAGGACGACGCUCGGGUGUAAACCAUUAGACUUUGCAGCUUUGGAUGUUCGUAGUUUCUUUAAAGACUGCUUGAUGAGUGCAAGUGAAUUAUAUGACUGAAGUGACUAAAGUUGGCGAGAUGUUUCUCUCCGGGACCUGGACUGUUCUUCUGCUGCCUGUGCUGAUUUCAGCCCAGUACCAGGGGGACCAUGGAAUUGUCAUCCCUGAGCAUGGAUUUUGUCAACCCAUCUCCAUUCCCCUGUGCACAGACAUCGCCUAUAACCAAACCAUCAUGCCCAACUUAGUGGGCCACUACAACCAGGAGGACGCAGGGCUGGAGGUGCACCAAUUCUACCCUCUGGUGAAGGUACAGUGCUCCCCGGAGUUGAAGUUCUUCCUGUGUUCCAUGUAUGCGCCCGUGUGCACCGUCCUGGAGAAGGCCAUCCCCCCAUGCAGGUCGAUCUGCGAGAGGGCCAAACAGGGCUGCGAGGCGCUCAUGAACAAGUUCGGCUUCCAGUGGCCGGACCGUCUACGCUGCGAAAACUUCCCAGUCCUGGGGGACGGUCAGAUCUGCGUGGGGCAGAACGACUCGUCCGCUGCCACCGUCCCACCCUUGCCCGUUCCGGGUACGCAGGACCUCUCUGUGGUCUCCGGCCAAGACAGGACCUUCCGGUGCCCCAAUGUUCUCAAGGUGCCCCCCUAUUUGAACUACAUGUUCCUGGAGGAGAAGGACUGUGCAGCUCCUUGCGAGCCCUCCAGGGGCGGCGGGUACAUGUUCUUCACAGACAAGGAGAUCCACUUCUCCCGCAUUUGGAUUCUGGUCUGGUCUGUGCUUUGCUGUGCAUCCACAUUAUUCACCGUCACCACUUAUUUGGUGGACAUGCAGCGUUUUAGAUACCCCGAGAGGCCCAUCAUCUUCUUGUCUGGCUGCUACACCAUGGUGUCCAUCGCUUACAUUGCUGGCUUCUUCCUGGGGGACAAAGUGGUGUGCAAUGAGAGUUUCAACCCAGACGGCUACAAGACCAUCGUGCAGGGAACCAAAAAGGAAGGCUGCACCAUCCUCUUCAUGAUGCUUUACUUCUUCAGCAUGGCCAGCUCCAUCUGGUGGGUCAUCCUGUCCCUCACCUGGUUCCUGGCCGCAGGCAUGAAGUGGGGCCACGAGGCCAUCGAGGCCAACUCGCAAUACUUUCACCUGGCGGCCUGGGCGGUGCCGGCCGUCAAGACCAUCAGCAUCCUGGCAAUCGGGCAGAUCGAGGGCGACGUGCUGAGCGGCGUUUGCUUCGUCAGCCUCAGCAACUUGGACCCCCUGCGAGGCUUCGUGCUGGCCCCACUCUUCAUCUACCUCUUCAUCGGCACCUCCUUCCUCCUGGCUGGCUUUGUGUCGCUCUUCCGCAUCCGCACCAUCAUGAAGCAUGACGGCACCAAAACGGAGAAGCUGGAGCGCCUCAUGGUGCGCAUCGGUGUCUUCAGUGUGCUCUACACCGUGCCCGCCACCAUCGUCAUCGCCUGCUUCUUCUACGAGCAGGCCUUCCGCCCACAUUGGGAGCGCAGUUGGGUGAGCCACAGCUGCCGGAGCCUGGCCAUCCCGUGCCCGACGCAGACGGGACCCCGCAUGACCCCGGACUUCACCGUCUACAUGAUCAAGUACCUCAUGACGCUCAUUGUGGGCAUCACAUCCGGGUUCUGGAUCUGGUCCGGGAAGACGCUGCACUCCUGGCACAAGUUCUACACCAGACUGACAAACGGCAAACACGGUGAGACCACCGUGUAGGAUGAAGUGGGGACGCCGCGUGCUUUUUGCCGCACUCAUUUGUGAUUUAACGGCGGAAGUGGAUGUUCUUCAGCGUCACAAAGCGUUUGGGUUUGACCAAACAGCGAGCUGGAUUAACAGCGCCCGAGCGGGACGGUCUGACUGAACAAAAAACAUGGCCAAGGUCGCCAUGUGCUGAAAUGCUACCUUCCUCCUCCUCCUCCACUUCCUCCAUUAGCAUUUCACUUGUAAUUAAAUCCAACUGUACAUAAUAUUUGUAAAAACAUGACAAAAAUCUAUAUAUUUGUAUUUAAAAGUAACCUCCUUAACUGUCAAGUGUAUCUGCUUCAGUUUUGCACUGCCACAAAACUCAAAUAGAUUUCUUUUGUUUUGUUUUUUCUUUGUUGGAAAUAUUAGUAACUAUAUUGAAAGCAGAUCCAUAAAAGGCAGAUGUUACGAUUACAGGUUGAAAAAAAAAAAGACAUGUAGUCACUUUAUCAUGAAGCUACUAAAUAGUCAUGUGUAGUUCACUAACAAAUGAUUGUAUACGAAAUAUGGGUCUUAAUGCUUUCUACGUGUCUGCCACUGAUGUUAAAUACUCAAUAGAUGUCAUGCAUUUAUACAUUUUACAUCAUAUUUUCUCUUGUUUUCAGUGCUGCAAUGUCAAACGGACAUUGAAUGUGGCGAGACUAAAUCAGAGGUUGGCUGUAGUUGAGAUGCCAAAUUAUAGCCUUUGUCCAAACACAUUAUUUAGACUCUCUGGGCAUUGAAUUGAUUGCAACACGGCUAUUCGGGUUGUCUUGAAAGACUAGAUAGGACAGCUUUAGUCCUAUCUAGUCUAGUCUUUAGUCCUGUCUUGUCUUUGAGAAUGAACUAACAACGCCUGCUCAGAUGAAAGGCGUUACGAGUCCUAACAACAAUGAGCAUGUGACACAUCGGACUAGAGCUGUCCUAUCUAGUCUUUGAGCAUGAACUGAUGAAGUCUUUCAUCUGAGCAGGCUUCAUCGGUUGAUGCUCAAAAACCAGACAGGACAAGGCUAGAUAGGAGUCUGCUCAGAUGAGAGGCUUCCAUCAGUUCAUGCUGAAAGACUAGAUAGGAUGGCUCUAGUCCGAUGUUGUGUCACAUGCUCUAUGUUGUUAGGACUAGUAGCACCUCAUCCAAGCAUGCUUCAUCAGUUCAUGCUCAAAGACUGGAUGGGAUAGGACUAGAUAGGACUGAUGAAGCCUACUUGGAUGAGAGGCUUCAUCAGUUCAUGCUCAAAGACUAGAUAGGACAGCUCUAGUCCAAUGUUGUGUGUGUCCCAUGCUCCGUGUUGUUAGGAUUAUUAUUGUUGACUAGGACUAUUAACCAGGCUUCAUUGGUUUUUGGUCAAAGACUAGACAGGACAGUUCUGGAUAGGACCACAGCCGUCCUAUCUAGGCUUGUAAGACAAUCUGAACAGUCCAGUUGCGAUUGAUUCAGUGACCUUCGUGAAUGAGAAUAUUCACUGUCAUUAUUUGGAUUAUUUGAGAACACACUUGUUGCGUAUGAAUGCUUGGCAUCUUGGUGCAGUCGUAAUGUCGCCAUGUAUAAAAAAUGUCAGUUGCAUGAUAUAACCAAAUUUGUCGCGACAUUUUAGUGGGAUUUUGUAUGAUGUACUGUAGUAUAGCUUUAAUUCUGUUAAGGAGCAUUAUGGAAAAAAAUACGCACAUUUAAAUAAUGGCCAGAUAUAACGUUUUCGAUGCAGAAUGUCAGCUAUAUUUGUGGAUUAUGUCACAGAUUUGUGCAAUUUCCUACUAAAAAAUGAUGCAGAGAUGGUUCAUAUACUGAAUGUUCCUCCAUAUGUUUUCCUAUGAUUAAAUCCAGUUAACUAGUACCUGAACACCUUUGUCCUGGAAUGUGAAUACCUUCUGAAUUUCCCCUUUAAACAAAUGAAUCUCUGGAUUUUUGUGUCAUUUUUACAAUUAUUGAGGAUCCAAUGUCACAGUAAGGGUUCAUUUACUGUUCUAUGGUUAUCGUCACACUUUCUGUGCCAUCAUUGGUACCCUUCUGU